UAUCCAACAUGUCCAAACGACCGACCGUGGGGGACUCAUUAGCUUCUGAUCCUACCCAACACAUCUUUGAUCACAUCUCCUAUUACGGAAUCAACCCAAGCAAUAUGUUCAACCCAUCUAGCUCAUUCGGACCACCAACUUCUCUACCCAUCCAACCACAACCACUAUCCCCAAUGCAUGUAAGCUUGUUGUCUGAAACCGCGGCAAGUGCGGUUGAAGAGCUCAAGCGGCUGUUUUUUACUGAGGAACAAUUUUGGGUUAAGUCGUCUAUCGAUGGCACAGAUUUGAUUGAUUCAGAGAACUAUGAAAAGUUCUCGAACGCUGUCAAGAAGUUCAGGGGAACGAGUGCCCAUGUCGAGUCUUCCAAAGAUGUCACGGUGGUUCCAAUAGAAGCUACUAACUUGAUUGAAAUGUUCUUAGAUGCGGAAAAUUGGAAAGAGCUUUUUCCAACGAUGGUGAACAAGGCCAAGACGCUACAUGUGCUCGGGUCGGAGCUUCCGAUUAGAGAAAACUGCAAUAUUUUGCGAGUGAUGUGGGAGCAACUACACAUUCUGUCGCCGCUAGUGCCACCAAGGGAGUUCAUGAUCGUGAGGUGCUGCCAAGAGAUCAGUAAAGGGCUCUGGAUUAUUGCUGACGUGUCACAUAACGUUGACUUUGACGUUUGCAAUGCUUCAUGUUACAAACGUCCUUCUGGUUGUCUCAUUCAGUCCUUGCCCAAUGCUCAGUCGAAGGUAAUGUGGAUUGAGCAUGUGGAAGUGGCCCAUAAACUGGAUACACAUAAAAUCUAUAGAGAGCUUUUAAGCGGCGGGUCAGGCUACGGAGCUAAGCGUUGGAUUGCCACACUUGAGAGAAUGUGUGAGAGGAUGGCUCUCACCUCCAACCUAACCCUUCCUGCAAGUGACUGGAGCGAAGUCAUAAGGACAGGAGAAGAAAGGAGGAGAGUACUGAAAUUAGGUGAGAGAAUGAUAAUGAAUUUCAACGAAAUGUUGACCAUGUCCGGAAAAGUUGACUUUCCGCAGCAGUCGAAAUGUGGAGUGAGAGUCUCGAUGCGGAUGAACCUCGAGGCCGGUCAACCACCCGGUUUAAUUGUUAGUGCUGCUUCGUCUCUAAGAAUCCCUCUCCCUCCUGUGCAAGUCUUCGACAUCCUCCGGAAACUCGACACUCGUCAGCAGUGGGAUGUUCUUGCCUAUGGGACCGUAGUCACUGAGAUCGCGCGCAUUGCCACCGGAUCAAGUGAAACCAACUGCUUAAGCAUCCUCCGGGUACAUCCAACGCAAGAAGAGAAUAAUGGCAAGUUAAUGGCACAAGACUCAGACAAGGACGACAUGUUGAUGCUGCAAGAUUGCUACAUGGACGCCUUAGGAGGCAUGCUAGUGUACGCUCCUAUGGACAUGGCUACAAUGGAUACCACUCUCUCCGGCGCUGACGUCAAAAUUUCCGAUAUUCCAAUCCUUCCUUCUGGUUUCAUCAUCUCAAGCGAUGGCCGGCGAUCCACUGUGGAGGACGGCGAAACCUUACUCACGCUGGCCUUCCAGAUCCUUGUCUCUGGCAAGACCAGUACGUCGAGAGAGGUGAAUGAGAGGUCGGUGGACACAGUGAGUGCUUUGAUCAGCUCAACUGUUCAAAGGAUCAAAGGUUUGCUCAACUGUCCUGAUCAGUUUUGAGUGAGAGAAUAUGCUGUGGAAGAUUCCUUUCUGUUUUCAUUCUUAUUUUGUUUAAGACAAUUAUUUUUGGGGGUUUUUAUGACUUUGGGUAUAAUAAUGAUUUUAAGGACAAGAUUUAAGAUAUUUGAUUAUUUUCGGUCAGUAUUAUUACACACCGAUUUAUGAUAAUCUAUACUAAUAAAAAGUAAAAGCAAUAAGCUUCUAAGGCUAUCCACCUAGGAUUUAAAACCUCCAAUUGU